ACACGUUCUUCUUGACUGUUCCCAUGUCGCCAUUUCACCAUCCCUUCUUUUUCCUCUAAUAAUAAUACUGAAAACAACAACAAUAAUAACAUUAUCUCGGAUGACCAUCAUCAUUCAGCUUCUACGCUAACUCCAUCUCUGAUUCACAAACAACAACUCCUUUAGGAUUUCGACUAUUCUUCCCUCGAUCUCAUCAAAGUUCCCAACCUCCUUAUUGCUUCCAUGGGUUCUCAGAAAAAGGGCGGACUUGAAACAGAUUUUUUCACUGAAUAUGGAGAGGGAAGCCGAUAUCAAAUUCACGAGAUCAUUGGGAAAGGAAGUUAUGGGGUUGUUGCUUCUGCGAUUGACAACCACACGGGUGAAAAGGUUGCAAUAAAAAAGAUCAAUGAUGUCUUUGAGCAUGUCUCUGACGCGACAAGGAUUUUGAGAGAAAUCAAGUUGCUGCGGUUGCUUCGACAUCCUGAUAUUGUAGAAAUAAAGCAUUGUAUGCUCCCUCCAUCUCGACGAGAAUUCAGAGAUAUUUAUGUUGUUUUUGAGUUGAUGGAAUCUGAUCUUCACCAAGUAAUUAAGGCCAAUGAUGACUUGACUCCUGAGCAUCACCAGUUUUUCUCAUACCAGCUUCUUCGCAGUCUGAAGUAUAUACACUCAGCAAAUGUAUUCCAUCGAGAUUUAAAACCAAAGAACAUCCUUGCUAAUGCUGACUGUAAGUUGAAGAUAUGUGAUUUUGGGCUUGCCCGAGUGUCAUUUAAUGAUGCCCCAUCGGUGAUUUUUUGGACUGUAUGUUGUUCUUUCAUUAAAUCUUUAUGGGUGGCCUGGAUAAAUUCCUAUGUUAUACGGGCUAGUAACCUGUGGCAAUUGGCAGGAAAUGUAAACUACAGCUGGAAUUUAAACCGAAUCCUCAAGCUACGAACUGAAGUAACCACAACAAUCUUGAAUGGUCCUCUUUCUAUAAAGGACAUCUGGCAGGAGAUAAGGGUGAAGGAAGAAAAAGUUCCAUGGCAUUCUUUGAUAUGGUUCCCACAUCCAAGUGGCGUUGAUCGAUUCAAACGACAAUUUGCACAUUUGGAGGAGCAUUAUGGUAAAGGUGAAAGAAGUACUCCACUUCUAAGACAUUAUGCUUCUUUGCCUAGAUCGCGAGUUCCUGCUUCCAAGGAUGAGGAUGAUCAAGUUGAUGGUGAGAAUAACGCUGCUUCAAUGUCGCAAGAUGGUUCAGAAAACUCUAGUGCUCGUAGCUUAUUGAAGAGUGCUAGCAUUAGUGCCUCCAGGUGCGUUGUUGUGAAAGAAAAAAAUGAUGCUGCAGGUCACUGAAGAGAUGGUUGAUAACUUAUCUGAGAAGGUUGCUACACUUAAUGCUUGAUCCAAACUUCCAAUCUGCUUUCGAAGGAUAUAGUUGGCUUGGUGUGUUACCCGUUUUUGCCCUAACCGUUCGGAAGAGGUUAAUUCAAAGUGAUUUGCACCAAACCCUUUCCUUCCCCCCUCCCCCUUCGUACAGAAGCUAACAGAAGGAUGAUGUCAACGUUCACAGUGCAGAGAAGGCCUCACCUGUGAUGUUGCUCUAUUUACAUUUGAAGUAAGCAAGAGAUGUAUUUGUUCUAUUACUGAAUUUU